AUGGCUCAUAUACUAUUGUCCCUUGUUAUUGUCUUGCUUUCCUCCAUCGCCAACGCAUUCCACCUCCAUGAAGUUUACCAAUUCCCCAAUGGGACCUGGGUGGAAAAUAUCGCCAUCCGGUCUAACGGCAAUCUUCUAGUGACUUUUGCGAGUACCCCCGAGCUAUGGGAAGUCAUCCCAUCUGCUCAACUCGGAGCCACACAGGCACGGCGUCUCCACCACUUUCCCAAUGCCAAAAUGGCAACCGGGAUUGCAGAGCUCGAACCGGACGUGUAUGCCGUCAUAACGCCUAACACCAUUUGGAAGGUGGAUUUGAACAAUGGUAUUAAAAAGACUCCCACGCGGAUUGCUACACUUCAACCUGCGAGAAGCCUCAAUGGCAUGGCAGUGCUGAACCCUGAUACUCAAACGCUGGCCAUCGCCGACUCUGAGGCUGGAUUGGUUUGGCGCCUUGACACCAAGACCGGCAACUAUACUGUGAUUCUGCGAGACGAGACCAUGGCUGCGAAUACGAAGGAGGGUGUCUUGCUUGGGAUCAACGGGCUGAAAGUGCACAAUGGCCAUGUCUACUAUGUCAACAGCCCCGACCGACUCUUCUGCCGUAUCCCGGUGAAUACAACGACUGGUCGAGCAACUGGCCCUCGUGAGAUCAUCAGCCAAGGUGCAUUGGCAGAUGACUUUGCCAUUAGUCGACAUGGAGUGGGAUACUUGGCUGGUCUUACGGAUCAUGUCAUCACUCGGGUCAUGGCGAAUGGGACGCAGGAAGUGAUUGCGAAUUCCAGUGUUUUAAUGUCGGCUACUUCGGGUGCGUUUGGAAGGCUUGGUGGUUCGGAUGUUUUGUAUAUCACAACUGGAGGGGAGACAUCGCAUGUGGUCAAUAACACGAGUUCGAGGGGAGGGAAAGUACUGGCGUUGUCUCUCGAACCCUAG